AUGCCAAUUGCUACUGAUUUAAAAUCUGCCUACUCCACUUUAUACGAUAAGAAGGAUCCAGAAACAGCUAUAUCUCAGUAUGAUUCUAUUUUAAAACAAUAUCCUGAAAGUAUUCCCGCCUUAGUAUAUAAAUCUGCUUGCCUUGAAAAGCUUUAUUUUAGUUCAACCAGUUGGCAUAAUGAAUUAACAUUGGAAAAUGCAAAUGAUUCAUUGUUCAAAGCAUUGAAAAUUGCUGAUCAUCGUGGAGAUAGGUCAAAGAUCGGAUUUGUUUAUUUUAGAAUAUUCAUACACUACUUCAAUAAUCAUGACAUCACAGAGGCUUUAGAUAACUUUAACAAAGCCAUGGAGUAUGGCUAUGACAAUCCAACUACACCUUUGUGGGAAUCUAAAUUAAAUUCAAGCUUAAAGAAAUGGAAGAAAAAAGGCCUUAUAUCAGAAGAUGCUUGUGUUUUAAAGAAAAAUACUACAUUAACACCAACAAAAACCGUAAAUGCUCCACCUUCAAAGACUACAGAACAAGAAACCCUUCCAGAACCACUACCCAAUAUCUCUAAUUCAAUAACAUCUUCACUUGCUACAAAUAGCAUCAAUGCAAAAACUGAUCAGGUUAACACCUCUAGUAAAACUGCUUUGUCUUCAACACAUGAGAAAACUAGAAAAGAAUGGUACCAAACGUCCAAUACUAUUGUAAUUUCGCUAUUUACAGAUCGAUUACCAAAAUCAGUGUCAUCGAUACACAGUGAAUUAAAUAGCGUAAAUAAUACACUAACUCUGUCAUGGAAUUUACCUAAAGAAAACUCAGAAUUCCAAUAUUCUAUUAAUUUAUCAAACCCUAUAAUCGACGAUUCAAUUAAAUUCAAGAUAUUUACAAAAAAAUUAGAAAUAACUAUAGACAAAUUAGAUAGUGGUAAAACUUGGAAAACUUUAGAGAAUACCAAUGAACAGAAUACAAAAAACGACAACGUAAAAACUAAAAAACAAAAGGACUGGUCAAAGAUCAACUUUGAUGAAUACGAAGACGAUUUAGAAGAGAAUAAUGGAAGUGCAGAUGCAUUUUUUCAAAAGUUAUAUGCAAAUGCAGACCCUGACACUAAAAGGGCAAUGAUGAAAUCGUUCAUUGAAAGUAAUGGUACUACAUUAAACACAAAUUGGGAUGAUGUUAAGAAUAAAAAAGUGGAAACUUCACCACCAGAAGGUAUGGAAUUAAAACAUUGGUGA